CAGAAUUUGACAUGUUUCUCGCCCCCAUUCCACUCUCUUUCUCUCUUUCCUGAUUGCAUUACUUGCAUUGAUUGCCGUGGCUCCACGACACCGGGUGCCUCGCUCAGUCACACUCACUCGCACGCAACAAGGAAGGAGGAGCAACAACCCCCCCGCACCCCAACCAGAAUCCUCUUUCUUUCUUGCUUUGCUUACGUGCGUCGAAAGCAUUAGAAUCCACGGAAACAUCCAUCCUCCACCCAGUGCAACAGAUUGCCAGAUUGCAUUUCAUUGCAUUUGAGUCGAGUUGAAGUCCGGUUGAGUCGUGCUGGCGAAUUUGUGUCCUGUUAGGUACGUGAGUACAGAUUUUUUGGUUGAAUUGCCGGAGCUUUGCGGGAGGAUUUCGUGAAGUAGUCGCGGUUCCGCAGCCAUGGCCGUAAACUGGUUGUGCCAGCCGUUGGCUUCGGUGGGUAGCGCGAGUAAUGGUUUGGUUGUGAUUCGGGGGAGAGAUUUGAGCUCCCGCGGUACGCACCCAGUUUCGGCUAUGGUGUCUUGUGCCCACAUGAAGCAUGAAUCUGAGAGGCUUUGCUCCAAAGCUGGCCUGAAGACGCAGGCGGACAAUUUGGUGUCCCAGUUCUGGAGCGUGGGCAGCCGGCGCGGGCUCUUGGUGAAGAUGAAUUGUCCUUCUGUGGCCAUGCCCCGGCUUGGGUCCCGUCUCGUUGUGGAGGCGAGGCUGUUUGGGCCCGCUCUCUUCGAAGCUGCUAAACUGAAGACCCUUUUUCUGGGUGCUGACAAGGAGCACCCAGACGAGCUCCCUCGCAUCUACACCUUAACACAUAGUGACAUAACGUCCAAGAUCACCUUGGCCAUUUCCAGCGAGAUCAACAAAGCACAGUUGAAGGGCUGGUACAGCAAGCUCCAGCGGGAUGAAGUGGUGGCGGAGUGGAAGCGAGUGCAGGGCAAGAUGUCGCUCCAUGUUCAUUGCCACAUCAGUGGCGGUAACUUUCUGCACAACUUGAUCGCGAAUCUCCGGUUCUACAUCUUCCGGAAAGAGUUGCCGGUAGUGUUAGAGGCUUUCAGACAUGGCGAUGAGGAGCUACUCAAAACUUACCCUGAUUUAGACAACGCCAUGGUGUGGGUUUACUUCCAUUCCAAUGUCAAGGAAUACAACCGUGUGGAAUGCUGGGGUCCUCUGGUAGAAGCUGCCAAGAGCGCCAGUGAGGAAGCCAAGGAAGCCAUCCACCACGCCAUGGAAGAAAUGGAGAGGCAAUGGCCCAAGCAGUUGUGGCCAGGAAAAGUGUGCGAUGAGCCGUGUGAAUGUUGUUCACGCCAUGGGACCGUGAUUCCGUUGCCCAAGAGCUUUGACCUGUUACAGGAAGAGCAAAAACGGCAGCAAGAAGGCUCACCUUCAUGAAGGCACCACACAUAAGGUUCCAUCACAAAUUUUUUACUCAUAUACUCUGGGUGUUUAGCCCUUCAAAAAGAUUUGUCGAUUCUUACACAUGCAGGACCGUCAACUGCAUAUAUACAAGGUAUAGUUUCAGCGCGGAGCAACAUGUUCCAUCCAACAGGCAGCAAAGUGAGGAAUUGAACCUAGUAAACUGUACAUAAUUUCAAAGACUUCAUACACAUCUGAUUCCAUUCAGCAGGUUUUCCCGUAUAUCCAAGUUAACUCCAGCGUGUGCAAUACAUGAGAUACUAUAUUCAGGAUUUGGAGAUGAAAGUCCUCCAUUGUUAGUGUACAUAAGAUUUGUAAUAUAUUACUUAUCAUGGUUUUCUGUACGAUCAGUA